CCUUGAAGACAUUAGAGGUGCCAAAACCAUGGCUAGAAUUUCUCCUAUCCUAGCUUUCCAACUCAUAAUUUCCUCCCUCUUCUCUUCCUUUGCCAUGAUCCCAGUCUCCGGGGAAAAUCAUGGGUUUGUAGGUAGCAUUGACCCUAAGCUUUUUGGACUGCAAGAAGAAAAGCUCACCCACAUUCGCUUAUUUUGGCAUGACCUUCUUAAUGGGCCUCACCCUUCUGCCAUGGAUGUGGUGCCUUCACCCACCAAGUCACCAACAAAUUAUGGGUUAGUGAGAAUGUUUGAUAAUGCCCUAACCGAAGGACCUGAAUUGAGCUCAGAAUUGGUGGCAAGGGCUCAAGGGUUUUAUGCAUCUGCAGCACGAAAGGGGCUUAGCAAGUUGAUGGUUCAGAACUUUGCUUUUGUCCAAGGUCAGUUUAAUGGCAGCACCAUAAAUUUGAUAGGAAGAAAUUCAAUUUUCAACAAGGUAAGGGAGCUGCCUGUGGUUGGUGGAAGCGGAGUUUUCAGGCUUGCUAGGGGUUAUGCUUUAGCAACAACUCACACUGGUGAUGCUGCGGUGGAGUACAAUAUCUAUGUGUUGCAUUACUGAUCAUGAUGACUUCUUGUAUUUUCUUGGAAAUAAAUCAAAUUAAAUAAAAGGUGGACUAAAAUUACGAA